UCACAAGUUGUCAAAGAUUCCAUAUCUUCGUGUCUGGGAAUGUCAAUUCGAUCAAACUUCUCCAGGCUAUUUUUGUUAUUGAUCAAACGAAAUCCCAUCAGUAAAUGUCGGAAUACCCAACUAGGCACUGCGGCCCUUGUCCUCACUUGGCCCAUUUCGAGAACGUUGAAAAAAAGGACUAUUUAACGACAAAUUCGCUUCCGGAGCCCAGAAUAGAGUUUUCAAACGCACCCAAGUUUGGAGAGCAGAACCUCGGGGUGGGUUCUACCGACUUGAAUCCAAAUCUUGGUGUUUCUCCUAUCAAGGAAGUGAAGUUUGACGAGAAGGUUAGUAAUAAUGCAGAGAAGUAUAAGGGUGGUAUUCCACCUUGCGACACCAGGCAACCAAUAGGAGAUGGAAAGGGUUGUUGUUUAACUGGAGAACCAAGCAAGAAGCCGAUUGAAAACUGUUGUUGUACUCGAAUAGUUUCAGCAGAACAGGAAACCGCUGCUCCGAGAAGAGGUAUUCUCAAAUAUCAACCAGAAGCACGUCCAGCUCCAGAACCAAUCGAAAACAUGCAUGCCACCGCUGGCCGAACGCCUCCUCAUUCAAUAGAACCUUCAUCAAGACCUCCGGUACCGAAUGACUUGCGACCAGUUCCUGAAGGAAAUGUUCCUUGCUAUUUGCCGCAGCCACAGGAUUCUCUUCCGCAUCCCAUCGAUACCGAAAUGGGACCAAUUGGGCCGUGGGCUACGGGAAGAGUCGAUUGGGGCCCGUUGUCUGGACUCACAGGUACUAGACCAGUGGUCGACAAAUACUCCAUAGCCAGAUAUAGCGAAGGGGAUUGGAGAGCCCACAACAAAAAUAUCUUGGAUAUGUCUUCAACAGAGCAACACCGCGCGAACCUCAUCGACUGGAAUGGGAGACAAUGUCUGGAGCAGACACAAGCGGAUACAGAUAAAAACCAGGAGGAUAACACUAAGAGACUGAAUCAGAGGGAACUCGAGAUACACCGAUGGAAAUGUGAGUUGGAGAGAGCUAUAGCUGCAUCAGCGGAAGAGAUUGGAUUCAUGGAGGAACAGAGGAGGAGGUUGAAGCAGGCCAGCUCUGUUUUGACAAUGCCGGAGUCGAUAUCAGGCGAAUGUUUGGAACGUCGUACCGGAAGAAUGGACUCAGAACUGGUCCGCGACGAAGUAGAAGACGAACUCAUCAGAGAGGUAGCUCUAUGCGCGGAAAUACGCGACAUCUUCUCCAGGACCCUCAAAGACGUGGAGAAACAACUAAUAGAAGACAAAACGAUAAAACAACGGCUAGAAUACGACUGGAGCGACAAAAAAGUUGCCCACGAAAUCGAUGCCAUCAACAUGGCUUUCAACAAUCGCUCGAACGUCUUGCUCUUCAAGCCCGGAGCUGUGUGUUUCCCGGAGGAACAGUCCACUCCGGAGUAUUGGGAGCACUUCACGAGGGAAACUUUGCUCGAGGGUGAAGCUACGAGACAGCGGUCGGCUACUCUGAGGGGCACUUUGGACGCCAUUUUGAAUAACGCCGCCAGAGAUUUGCGCUCUCAGGCUGAUAGAGUGGAAAUGGCACUGGCCAGAAGAAUAGCCUGUACGCAAGAAGUAACAAAUAGGCUGGAGAACGAAUUGAAACAAGUUCUGAGGAGAUUAGCGGACGUUGAAGACCUGAAGGAUGCCUUGCGAAACGCCAUCAGAAGAAUGGACACCCCCAUGAAAAAGGCUCAAACCCGUCUGGAUAACCGCCUCAACAGACCCCGGGUGGAGAACUGUCGCGAUGUUCCGCAUUUCGGCUUGGUGGAGGAAGUCAAGUCGAUAGGAGAGUCUGUGGCAGCACUUCAAGCCCAGAUGAACCAAGCCGAAGAGUCACAAGGCAAGCUGAUACAGGCCAGGAGCGACCUCGAAAGGGAGAUAAUGCUGAAGAGGAAGACUCUGGAGAUCGACAAUGACAGGACGAAGAGGAUACGGUCGUAUUAUCCCUCUGCUACUGCUCUCUCUGGUUAUUGAAUAUAGACUGAUCUGUCUAUUGAGAA